UGGUCAAGUCGCAAUUGUAUGAAGAGUAAUCCUACUAAAUGUAAAGAGUUGAUUAUUCGGAAGAAAAGCUGUACUGAAAUAUUUCCUGUGGUCGCUGGCAUCCCGCAAACGCCAUCUAUCGUUUUGUUGGGAGUUACAUUCCAAGAAGAUAGCCGAUUUACAAUUCAUGUUUAUGAAAAGCUUAAAAAGGCCAAUAAGUGCCUUUUCAUCCUAAGAUCACUGCGCAAAGAAGGCUAUAAUCAGAAAGAGAUUGAUCACUUAUUUACCACCUUAGUUCUACCAAAUAUUACCUAUGCUGUUUCAGUAUAUAGUGCUUCCAAACCCGAACUUGCAAAAAUUGAAUGCUUUUUGAGACGAUGUCAUAAACGUAAAUAUAUUUCGAAAGAAAUUAGUGUGCAAGAAUUGCUGGAAAAGCAAGAUAGAAAACUUUUUAGUAAGGUCAGGCAAAUUGAACAGCACCCAUUAAGAAACUUGUUGCCAAAGAAGAAAGUCAAUAGAUAUGAACUAAGAAAUAAAUUUAGUAACUUUCCAAAGAUUAACACAGAUCGUUUUAAAAAUUCUUAUAUCAAUCGUCUCAUUUUUAAAUAUAAUCUAGUAUUGUAAAUUGUUUCAUCUUGUAAUCUCAAAUGUAACA